GCCGCGUUGCCCUACUUUUGGACCGAAUAGUUUCUUAGAGAGGACGGCUUUUCUGUCGUAGUUUCUGUUCUUCCAUAACGCAGAAAUUAUGAAUCUGUUUCGCUUCACGGCAGACGUGGCUCACGCCAUCGCCAUCGUUGUUCUUCUGCUUAAAAUAUGGAAGUCACGCAGUUGCGAAGGAAUUUCUGGUCGGUCCCAACUGCUUUUUGCUCUCGUCUUUGUAACCAGAUACUUGGAUCUCUUCACUAACUUCUUUUCCUUUUACAACACUGCGAUGAAGAUCUUCUACCUUGUUGCAUCAUUUGGAACCGUAUACUUGAUGUGGGCAAAGUUUAAGGCAACCUACGACAGAAAUAACGAUUCUUUUCGUAUUGAGUUCUUGGUUAUUCCAAGUAUGAUCCUCGCACUGCUCAUCAACCACGAGUUUAUCUUCAUGGAGGUUAUGUGGACAUUCUCCAUCUAUUUGGAAGCUGUCGCCAUUAUGCCACAACUUUUCAUGCUUUCUCGGACUGGAAAUGCGGAAACUAUCACUGCUCAUUAUCUCUUUGCACUCGGGUCAUACAGAUUCCUCUACAUUCUCAACUGGGUCUACAGAUACUACACUGAGAGCUUCUUCGACCCAAUUUCGGUUGUUGCUGGAAUCGUGCAAACCGUUCUCUACGCUGAUUUCUUCUACUUGUACAUCACUCGUGUAAUUCAAUCCAACCGCCAAUUUGAGAUGUCCGCAUAAAUUCUUGUCGACUGCAAUCAACAUCUAUCAUUUUAACUCAUCUUUCAUAUAUUUUUCUAAUUUCUAUGAUUUCUUUCUAUCAAAGGGUGUUUAAACUGUUAUAAUAUUAUUUUUUAAGUUCUCCGAUUCCCAAAAACAUUGUUUUUCCAAACGCGAGGUGAUAUCAAACAGCACCCUAUUUGGGCGUCCUCGUUUUCCCUCCAAAGUCAUUGUGUCUUUUACUGAGCUAUUUAUUUCUAUUUAUUGAGUGUAUUUCAAAUUUCAAAUCGAGUGUGUUUUUGUUUUAUUAUCAAAACGUGUCUUUUCUUGCUGUUUUUUUCACGGAGAUGAUCGAAUGAAAGUGUCAAAC